GUCAGUAUACUAGAUGGUGAAGUAUGUCUGGAGUUUUUAAAGUCAAGAGAACAUCAGGAAAAAGUAGUAGAAGUCUACAAGAUAUCUGAUGAUGGCAUGCAGAUUUGUAUAUUCCAUCCUAACAAAGGGAAAGGUUUCCCAGUCAAGGAGUGUCCACCAUCACCAUCAACCAACCAUCCAAAAAGUUUUAGUUACCACGAUUUACCAUCUAAAUACUGGAAGAAAUACCAGUAUGCUGUCAAAUUUGUGCAACUUGUUAGAACUAAAACCCCUAAAGUUACUCUCUAUUCCAAGCAAGCAAAGUGCAUGUUGAUGGAGAAUGCUCCUCAGGCAGACUUUGAAGUUUGUUUUUAUAAUGGUGCUAAGAUACAUCAAACACAAGGCUGUGUGCGUAUAAUAGAACCCACGGGUGUGUCCUACAGUCUAGAGUCCAUUGGUGGUGUACAAAAGUUAUCACCUGAAAUCAGAUCUUAUUUGGAUCAUAUGUAUGAGUGUCAUCAGUGUUGUUUAGACCUGGAAGCUGCUAUCACAUCAUUGGAACAGAAGACAGAUCAGGGUCCUUACUUCCCUAUUGUGGUGUGUAGGAGACCAGCAAACUGCGAGUCAAAAACACCUGAACGAUCACAACCACAUGAUCAACAACAACAGGGUCAGUUGGUACAACAUCGGCCGACUGAGCAAGAUUUAAGUCCAGCAAUGCCCAAAAUGCCAAUAUCAACAUCACCUAGUGUGAUGGCACCGCGUGUCUCACCGACAUCAUUAUUGUCAUAUGAUGGUACUGUGUAUAGUACAAGAACAGACAUGACUAUGACUGCACAGGAUAAUAGAACAAACUUGGACCAAAGGAAUGCAUUUAAAAAUAAGGAUAUGGAAGAUGGCAAGCGGACGAGAAGAAGACCAGGAAGUUCUCCUAAGACUAACAGUAAUGUUGUUAAAAGUGUGUUUGUGCCAAACAUUGGCUGGGCUUCUCAGAUGUCUACUGGUGAAGUAUGGGUGCAGUAUAACGAUGGAUCUCAAAUCAAUGUACAAGUAUCAAACUCAAUGGUAAAAUUUGUAGACUCCAAAGGAAAUAUAUUCAGGUAUAAUCAACAUGAUAGAAUUCCAGAGUUUGUCAAGGAAAAAUUAUCUAAACUACCUUCCAUAGUUGAGAUGUUUGUUACAAACACCCACGCCUAACUUUCCAUAGAUACACUAGGAACAAUACUUCCAUUGUACAGAUGUUUGUUACAGUGCACAUGCUGGACAUUCCAUGGACACUCUGGUAAUGAUACUUCUGCAGUUCGAAUAUGCAUUGCCUAUGCGAAACUAUCAAUUAACACACGGAGAAUGUGCCUGCUAAACUUUCAAUGGAGACUUCUGAAUUGCUGCUUUUACUGUUGAGGUACAAUGCCUAGCAUUGUUGAGAUGUAAAUUGCCAGUCACACAUCCAUCCAUAUCUUUAUCUCUCAGGAAUCCACUUUAUAAUGUAUUUAAAAUUGAACAGAUAUUUCACUUUGAAGUGGCAUUUAUUGCAACUAUAUUUUGAUUCUGAAUGUAUAUA